AACACGCAUUGGUUUUCCAGGUUAAUACACAGGCUACCAGUGUCAGCGAAAUGUGGCUAUAUUAAUAACAGUUGCCAUGACGUCACCGUGUCCAUUUUAUAGACGCUUUUAAGGAAGGGUUUCGUUUCGGGACAUAACCCUAAUGCGAGGAUAAACCCCGGAAGAUUGUCGCUUUAAAUAAGAGCUGCAGCGCCUAUGUGCCCUGGAGCGGAGACGGCACCGACCACCGCUAGCUCUGCGGCGUGGAGCUCCGCCGGAGGAGCGCGCUAAGGACGGCAGAUCGCACGGAUACCGGGCCGCCGCGCUCUGGCAGCUCCCAGCCCGGAGAGAAAGGGUGCAAACUUAUCCGCGUUAAACGCGAGUUAAAUGUUGGGCUGCGAUGCUCCGUGUCUUUUAUGCCUGGCCGAGCUGUCGCCCCCUCCGGCUGCAGGCUUCCCCGCAGUACCGCCUGGCACUUCGUGCUUUAAUUGCCUUUGGAAAUGACUAACUCUGCGUUUGCGUCGGACGGGCUGCAAACUGGAUGACGAUGGGAAGCUCGACGGCAUUUUUACACUAGUUGCAUUCACCGAAUUAGGUGUGUAGCUGUCCUGCCCUCGGAUGGCCACGAACACAUCAGGGCUGCUCCCCGCAAUUCAUUUCUCUGCGCGAUCUGGCAGCGCGAAUGGACUUUGAGAAUGCGCUGGCCUUCCCCCCCUACCCGGGGGAGUUCCUGCACCCGGUCGUGUACGCCUGCACGUCUGUGCUGCUGCUGUGCAUGCUCACUGCCAUCGUCACCUACAUCGUCCACCAUAGCGCCAUCCGCAUCAGCAGGCAAGGCUGGCAUGUGCUCCUUAACCUCUGCCUGCACACAGCACUGACAUUCACUGCCUUCGCCGGGGGCAUCAACCGUAUCAGCUCCCCUGUCGCCUGCCAGGUGGUGGGCGUCCUCCUGCACUACUCCUCGCUGGCCAGCCUGCUGUGGUUGGCCGUCAGCGCCAGGUUCAUCUACACCCAGGUGAGCAGAGAGGUGCCCCAGGGUCCGGAUGGGGACCCCUGCUCCCCCCAGAGACCCCCACCAGGCAUUGUGAGGUUCUACCUGGUUAGUGACGGUGUCCCACUCCUCAUCUGUGCUAUCACCGCGGCCACCAACAUCCAGAACUACGGCAGCAGCGACAGCAGCCCUUUCUGCUGGGUCGCCUGGGAGCCAAGCCUCGGCGCUUUCUACGGUCCUGUGGCGCUCAUCGUCCUGGCGACCUGUGGCUACUUCCUGUGCGCCUCCAUCGAACUGCGGCGGCACCCCGAGCGCCGAUACGAGCUGCAGGUGACGCCAGAGGAGCGGCGGCGCCCUGUGGGUGGGGCGGCGGGACCGGGCGACGCCCCCGGUGCCACGCUGGCCAAUGAGAUCUCGCUGAGGGCACAGCUGCACACCGCCGCCUUCACCUUGCUCCUCUUCCUCAGCACCUGGGCCUUCGGCGCACUGGCUGUAUGGCUGAGCCCCAUCCUUGAUAUGGUUUUCAGCUGCUUGUAUGGAGCAUCCUGUGCCAGUCUGGGCCUCUUCCUGCUCAUCCAGCACUGUGCCAAACGUGAAGACGUCUGGCAGCGCUGGUGGGCAUGCCGCUCUGCCCCACCCCCCGCUGCCGCCCCUGCCAAGCCCAGCGCCAACGGUGACGCCCCCUCUGCCCACGCGGGCCCCCCGGCCUUACAGCCAGGCCCCUGUUGUGUGAUCCCACUCUGCCAGAGGGAGACAGAGGGUGACGUACAGACUGGCACCCCCUCCGGGCCGCCACUACAGAGCUGUCUGAAGGACAGGGCUAAGCCACGCCCCCUCAGCAGGUACACCUACCAAGCGGCGUCGUCAAGUUUGGACAGCAGCGCUCACAGCUCGUACCCGGAGAGCUCGCAGUGCGCCCUCGAGCUGCACCCCUGCCACACACGUGAUGCAGAUGUGUGCCACGGCAUGCGGGAGGCUCACUCGUGUCACUGCGUCCGUGACACAUUGCCGUGCUCGAGCCCAAGCGACUUGGAGGCAUGCCACAGCACGAACGAGGGCCACACGUGUCAUGAGGCGCUUGCAUGUGCCGGCUCACAUGAUGGACACGCCUGUGACAGCACGCAUGAGGCACACGCAUGUGAGUGCAUGCGCCAAUGUCAUGUGUACAGAUGCAUGCGUGAAGGACACAGCUGUAACAGCGUGCACGAGGGACACACGUGUAAAUGCAUGCAUGAAGGAUACACGUGUGGAUGCACACGUGAAGGACACGCCUGUAGCAGCAUGCAUGAAGGCUGCUGCAAUUACCACCGGCAGCAGGCGUGCCCGCAAGCGGACCCCUUCGCCAUCGUAUGCCAUGGCACCGCCAGUCCCAGCUCUGCCCUCUAUGGCUACAGGAAGAUGGCCAAUAGGGAGACACUGCUUCCACUGGAGGUGGACUCACAGAAUGUGGCCAAUCAGAUGCAAGCACCCGCCUACCCACAGACACAAACCAAUCAGAACAGAAGCCAAAAGGAAGGCUUGAAGCAGCAGGGCCACAUACGGACCGGACUGUGGAAGAACGAGACCAGUGUCUGAGUCCUGGGAGGAACCAGCUACUGUAAUCUCACUUUUAUAUUGCUCUUCGGUAUUCUGGGUCUGACUUCCCUCUCCAUCAUUGGCCUGCAUAACAUCCACAGAGUUAUAUUUUCCUAUGAAGGCAACGGUGAAAACCAAGGCAAACAUUAAAAAGCAUCUUUAACCUAAAAGACGAAUAGGUAAAAAAGACCAAUCAUAUAUCUCUGUCGUCAUGAUUGAGCAUGUUUGGACGUUUAAGGUUAGCAAAGGAGCACUGAAGGCAACUAUAAUUCUAAGCAGCAAUCACUGACUUCCAUGUUUGAGACACUUACAAUUGUUGUGAAAUUAUGGGUGUUUUAAUGGUUGAAAUGUGUAAACUGAAAUAAAACGGUGAGGUAAAACAAUUCAUUAAAGGAAAGAAUCGCUUCUCAUGAGUUGUAGAGGACCAAAAUGUAUCUGGGCUGAGGAGUCCAACCCAUCCUUUUAUUAUCGUGUCAUGUGAUUGGAAUGAGCCAAUAGGAGCCGAUGUUAGAGCCGAGCCGUGUAGCUUGAACCAAAGCAUGUCAUGCUCUGGAGGUGUGGAAUUUUUUUUUAAUUAAUUUGCCAAAACACACUUUGGAAACAUAUCGCAAAACAGUGCCAAUCUUUUUUGAUUGUGAUAAAUGGGGACCCACUUGAAGCUGCGGAACUUUAAAGUGUUUUAAUUUUUCUGCGUACAGUCUUUAUUGGCAACGGUGGUGUUCAUGCUGCAAUGGACAAAAAAAUAAAUACCACAUUUAUCAUUUUUAAGCUAACGUCAUUCUAGGCUUUCCUUGUGAGUGUGAUUUUACUCGCAUCUGACAUGCAGCGGUUAUGACAUGUAUUCGGUUAUGAGUCUGUAUAUCAAAGCCGCUCCGUUUAUGAGGAUGUUAAUUACUUAAUGUGGUCAGGCGUGUCAGGACGUGGUACCCUCGCCGGUGCUGUUCGGCUGGCUGAGACACCUACAUGUGCUCGUACGUGCCACUGGGCGCCUGCUUGGGUGAGCAACAGCCGUAGCUUCGACGGAGCAGAACACAGACGCAGACUCUGGUGAGAUCAGCGAGCGCUGCGGCCGAACAGCGGCCUGUAUGACUGCCGCUACGGUCUCGUUUGAUGAUGGAUCGUUUCUGUGAAACGUCCAGCCGUGACGGUUAAUACUCUAAGCUGUUUAGAAGAGGCUGGACAGAAAUAACAAGAAAAAGGUUUCAAAGACGACAGUUUAGAGGAGCCCUGUGAUGCUGUGCUGUGCAUCAGUCUGCCUCUUUAGAGCUUGUCCUGUUUCAUUAUGAUUAUGGCUCCAAAGCACCAACACGGGGAUUAAUUAUGAAAAUAUAACGUGUCUCGUUAACACGAGGGUCAGAAAUCUCUAAUUCGUUCCUCUCAGUCGUACAGUCAGUCCCAGCAGGUGUGUGAAAUCCCAUCGAAACAGACAACACUUCUGCUUGAUUUCAGUUCAUUCAUCACCGUCUUUAACGCAACACCAGCCUUGAAAAUCGAUCCGUUUCAGUAAUCGCCUGGAAACCAGACACUAUUUUUUUUGCUUUGUUUCGUUUUCAGGUAUCUGACUCCACAAAUAAUGCACUAUUUCCCCUGCUCUCGGUUACGUCCACAAAGCCCCACAUUUGCAGCCAUAUAUGAUGUCUGUGCUGUGAGUGUCAGUGUGCUGAAUCCGGACAGGGCUUCAUGAGUCAGUGCUCCUGUUUUUAAAUGACCCCCUCGGUUUGCGCCAGAUUGUCUGUAACAUGCACCAAAGGCUCAUUUCUCACUUUGCUUUCACAUGGAAACGUUUCUGACUAAUAUGUUUUGUAAUCACAAAUAAAGGUGUUUCUGCUGGGUCCUUCCCU